UGAGCUGCUGGGCGCUCUGCGUGACGUCGCUAAGGAAGAAGGCGCCGUGUCGGAGGCGGCAGAUUCGCCAUAAUCCGCCGCUUGGCCAAUCUCAUCCCUAUUUAUAUUUUUAUAAGGAGGAGCGGCACGGCACACAUGAAUCCCAGCCUGCUGGCGAGAAAGUGUUCUUUUUGAUUUUUUUUUUUUAAUUAUUAUUAUUUUUUUGUGACAAGACCGCCGCGCUUCGCUUGCAGCCAGCUCUUUGGCUGCCCCCCCCAGCCGCGGUUAUGGAGGCUGCGGCUGCAGGGAUCAGUUCCAUCUUCAUGUGUAAGCUCUGUAACUUAUUUUCACCACAUCAAUCAGAACUAUUGUCUCACGUCUCUGCGAAGCACACAGAAGAAGGGACUAAUGUGGACGACAUCAUUAUUCCACUUCAGCCUCUAACAGCAGCAACAGACAUAAGCAGAAAUGGAGAAGAGCUUCUUUCAGUGAAGAAGAAAAGGGGCAGGCCAAAAGGAUCUACUAAGAAGUUAUGUGUGGAUGAAGAUGUUGCAGAACAUAAUUCUGUUCUGAAUGAAGAAGCUCAGCCCGGGUCAGAAGAAGCACCAGAAGUGGCUGAAGUCUCACCAGGCAGCUUGGAGUGUAGGAAAUGCAAUAGGAAGUUCUCUAACAUGCGUCAGCUGAGGAAACAUAUCUGUAUUAUUGUUUUGAAUGAAGCAGAAGAAGGAGAUGGAGGUAAUGAUUCUGACGUUGACCUUGACAGGAAGGAAGAUGAGCGAGAAAAAACUCCAAAGAGGCCCAGAGUACAGAAAACAGAGAAACCUCCAUCAACUAAGGAGACUGAACAGGUUCCAGGAGCUAAAAAUCCUAUAAUAAGUGUGGUUUUGACAGCCCAUGAAGCUAUUCCAGGAGCCACAAAAAUUGUUCCUGUUGAGGCUGCUCCCCAAGAAAGUGAGCCAGCUACUCCAGAAACAGCGGUUCAGGACCCAUCACAACGAAGAGGAUAUCAGGAGUAUGCAAUUCAACAGACUCCAUACGAACAGACAAUGAAAUCAAGCAGGUUGGGUCCAACUCAGCUGAAGAUCUUUACGUGUGUAUACUGCAACAAGGUGUUCAAAUUUAAACACUCCCUCCAAGCACAUUUGAGGAUUCAUACAAAUGAAAAACCAUACAAGUGUUCAUACUGCAAUUAUGCCAGUGCAAUCAAAGCCAACCUGAAUGUUCACAUGCGGAAACAUACAGGGGAGAAAUUUAGCUGUGACUAUUGUACAUUCACAUGUCUCAGCAGAGGCCAUCUCAGAGUCCAUAUUGAAAGAGUUCACAAGAAAAUUAAGCAGCAUUGUCGCUUCUGCAAAAAGCAAUACUCGGAUAUUAAAAAUUUGAUCAAGCAUAUCAAGGAAACGCACGACCUUCAAGAUAAGAAGGUGAAAGAUGUUUUUGAUGAGCUUCGCUUGAUGACUCGAGAGGGCAAAAGGCAGCUUCUUUAUGACUGCCAUAUUUGUGAACGCAAAUUUAAAAAUGAACUCGAUCGAGACCGUCACAUGCUUGUCCACGGUGAUGAAAGACCUUUUGCUUGUGAGCUCUGUGGUCAUGGAGCCACUAAAUACCAAGCUCUCGAGCUUCAUGUUCGCAAACACCCAUUUGUCUACGUGUGUUCUGUGUGCCUGAUGAAAUUUGUCAGUUCUGUAAGACUCCGUGCUCAUAUCAAAGAAGUACAUGCAGAUUUGCAGGAAACUUCUGUUUUUAACAGUUCCAUCAAUCAGAGUUUCUGCCUGCUUGAGCUUGGAGGUGAUAUACAGCCAGAAGCACUUGGUGAACAGCUAGCACAAACUGCGGAUGAAUUGACUAUCAUGAGUACUAAUGCUGUUAACACACCAUCAGAUGAAUCGAUAGCUGCAGAUGUGAAUGAUAAUGAUCAGCAUAAUGGUGACUUAAAAACAAAUACUGUUCCUUCCUUAGAAUCUGAAAAUCCUCUUGUAGACAACGUAAGAGGGACUGUCUGUGAGGCAUCAGCAGUCACAAACAUUCAAUCCUGUGUAAUGUCAGAUUGCUUUCUUCUGAAAAAUGGCACCUCUGCUCCUGAUGAGUUAAAAGAUUCUGCUGCAAAUGGAGAGGAAUCUAAUCACUGCAGUUCAGUAAAUGAACAGGGUGAAGAAAUUCAGCUUUUGCUCUCGGAGGAUGCAAGUUUAAAUGUGAGUCAAAACAAUGCAGUGACUGAGGAUCUUUCAGUUUCUGAAGAGAAAAAUCAGUCUGUUCCUUCUAGUGAGUCAGAAACGAGCAAUCCAUCAGUUCAGAACUCAACAGGAACAACUGACCCUUUGCUAGCAACAGAUGCUAAUGCAGCCAUCAGUCCACAGGCAGCCUCUUCUAAUACAGAUAAAUCAGAUAAUCGGAGUGGAGCUGUUGCCUUUAUGCAGAUCUUGGAUAGCUUACAGAAGAGACAAAUGAACACUGAGUUGUGUGAGAGGAUAAGGAAGGUUUAUGGAGAUUUGGAAUGUGAAUAUUGUGGCAAGUUAUUUUGGUACCAAGUGCAUUACGACAUGCAUGUUCGUACGCAUACUCGAGAACAUUUAUAUUAUUGCACCCAGUGCAGUUACUCUUCCAUCACCAAAAACUGCCUUAAGCGUCACGUCAUUCAAAAGCACAGCAAUAUUUUGCUGAAAUGUCCUACAGAACAUUGUGACUACUCUACUCCGGAUAAAUACAAGCUCCAGGCGCAUCUUAAAGUUCACUCUGAGCUGGAUAAAAAGAGCUACUCCUGUCCUGUGUGUGAGAAGUCAUUUUCUGAAGAUCGACUUAUAAAGUCACACAUCAAGAUAAAUCAUCCUGAGGUUUCAAUGAGUACCAUUUCUGAGAUUCUUGGCCGAAGAGUUCAGUUGAAAGGACUUAUUGGAAAACGAGCUGUGAAAUGUCCCUAUUGUGAUUUUUAUUUUAUGAAGAAUGGGUCAGACCUUCAGCGUCACAUUUGGGCUCAUGAAGGUGUCAAACCCUUCAAAUGUUCUCUCUGUGAGUAUGCCGCUCGCUGCAAGAGUAACUUGAAAGCGCAUAUGAAUCGUCACAGCACUGAGAAAACACACCUUUGUGAUAUGUGUGGGAAAAAGUUCAAAUCGAAAAGCACUUUGAAGAGCCAUAAACGCCUUCAUACUGCUGAUGGAAAGCAGUUUAAAUGUACAGUGUGUGACUACACAGCUGCUCAAAAGCCACAACUCCUACGUCAUAUGGAGCAACAUGUCUCUUUCAAGCCUUUCCGUUGUGCACAUUGCCGUUAUUCCUGCAACAUAUCUGGUUCCCUGAAGAGGCAUUACAAGAAAAAGCAUCCUAAUGAAGAGUAUGUAAAUGUAGGUUCUGGGGAGCCUGCCACAGAAGCCCUUAUCCAACAAGGUGCUAUUAAGUGUCCUGUUUGCAGCUUUGUAUACGGUACAAAAUGGGAAUUCAAUAGACAUCUUAAGAACAAGCAUGGAAUGAAGCUUGUGGAACAUGACGGGGAAGCAAAGUGGGAGUUAACUGCUGAAGUUUCUGAAGAAGCAUCUACACAGUAUCUCCAUAUCACAGAGGCUGGAGAAGACGAUCAGGGUACUCAGGCUGCUGUAGCUGCAUUACAGAACCUUAGAUACACUUCUGAAAAUGGUGAAAGACUUGAUCCAACAGCUGUAAACAUUCUGCAGCAAAUCAUAGAGUUGGGAUCAGAAACCCAUGAUGCCACUGCAGUUGCUUCUGUAGUUACCAUGGCACCUGGAACUGUGACAGUAGUAAAGCAGGUAAAAGAAGAGGAGCAAUCAACCAAUCACACAUUGAUGAUUCAGGAGACUCUGCAGCAGGCCUCAGUGGAGCUGUCUGAACAGCAUCACCUGGUAGUCUCAUCAGAUGAAGUGGAGGGAAUUGAGACAGUGACUGUCUACACGCAGGGUGGAGAGGCUUCAGAAUUCAUUGUUUAUGUUCAGGAAGCGAUGCAGUCUGUAGAAGAACAACCUGUGGAACAAUCUGUGCAGGAGCUCUAAAGAAUGGUAUUCAAAUGAGAUGGCUUCUUGUUUUGUGAAUGCUAAAACUUGUAUUUAUUUUCCUAACACAACCAAAAACUAGCAAGCAGUUGGAUUUUUUGUUAAUUUGUGAGAUAAAAGCUUGUUACUUGAUACGGCUGGUUGGGUUGAAUCAGUAACUUUCAGUACAAAACGACUUUGGACUUCCUUUUUCCUGAAAAAAGUUCUUAUUAUCAGGAAAAGUUAUUCUUCCCCAUCUAAGAUCUCAUUUGAUUCCCGUAAAUCUCCAAAAUAUUGUUUGCUCAAAAUCAUUUUUGACCACAAUAGAAAUAAACAUCAAUUAAAACAGCAGAUUGUCUAGAAAAGUCCCUCCAUCCCACCUUA